AUGUCAUCAACAUCAAAACCAUCCCGUUCUCUUUUUAUGCUGCCCUAUACACCAGAGAACUUCAAUGACACUUCUGGUCGUUCAUCUUCACGCCGUGACGGUGCCAUUUGCUGCUUUGAAUUCGAAGAGGAUGAUUAUGUUCAAACCUUGCCUCUUUGCUCACAAACAUUCCAUAUUGAUUACAUCGAUGCUUGGCUUUGUUCCCACACAAACUGCCCUCUCUGCCGCUCUGGGGUUCUCUCUGCCGCUUCGCUGUUUACUCCCAUGUUUGCUACCAGGAUCUUACCAAGUCUUGACGCCGAUGAAUAUGGCUCGAAAUCAGCAGGAGAAGUAACGGAUUAG